AUCGGUAUCUUUCAGAUCCGUGCAUCGUGAUUCGUACAAACAAUUCUCUCUCUCUCUCUCUCUCUCUCUCUCUCUCUCUCUGUCUCUCUGUCUCUCUCUUUUACUCUCGUAAGCUGUGUGAUAUCGGUCUCAUCGUCAGUCGCAUUUAAACCAUUGAGAAUCAAAGACCAAACUAAUUCUGAAUAAACGUUUUACCACGUUUUUUUUUUCUUUCAUUGACGAGUUAUUUAAAAGGAAACAUCUAUAAAAAGAAAAAGAAAAAUAAAAAGAAAAAGAAAAAGAAAACAAACAAACAAACAAAAUAUCGGCGUAAAUCUUGACAUAAGAACAAAUCAAUUAUUAUCAUAUUAUUUAUAAUCAUAUAUAAUUCGUUCGUCGUCGUCAUCGUCGUCGUCGGUUAUUUCAAGUGAGUGUCCCCGUUAGACUGCUUUCACCUCGUUUCGAAGAUGUUGCCAAGUAAUCGAAGUUACUACACCAAUGUAUGGACAUUGGCGUGUUUACUUUUACUUUUUACUAAUUUUAAUAAGAUUUCUCUUUGCCAUGAAGAGGAAUUGGAAUCGCCAAAAGUACGAAUUAAAAAUGGUACAUUGAUAGGUACAUUAAUGUUAACAAGGAAUCAACGUGAAUUCGUUGGAUUUCGUGGUAUACCAUACGCAUUGCCACCGCUUGGUGAACUUAGAUUCGAGCCACCACAACCUAUGACCUCAUGGAAGGGUACGUUUGAUGCACGUAAUGACCGAUCAAUAUGCACUCAAAGAAAUAUUUAUACUCAUCAAGAAGAAAUCGUUGGUUCGGAGGAUUGCCUUUAUUUAAAUGUUUAUACACCUAAGGUGCCUAGUACGAACGAAGAAAAAAAUUCUCGAAACAGUUAUCCAGUUAUGGUUUGGUUCCAUGGUGGUGGCUGGGUCACUGGUGCCGGUCAUUCCGAAUUUUAUGGACCGAAAUUCCUUUUGGAUCAUGACGUUAUUCUCGUCACGUCGAAUUUCAGGCUUGGCCCACUGGGAUUUUUGAGUACUGAGGACUUGGUAUCUCCUGGAAAUCAAGGUUUAAAGGAUCAGGUUCAGGUACUUCGAUGGGUUAACGAAAAUAUUGUUGCAUUCGGUGGCGAUCCACAUAGAGUGACGAUUUUUGGCGAGAGCGCUGGUGGUGCAAGCGUUCAUUAUCACAUGAUGAGUAAUCUCUCAAAGGAUCUAUUUCAACGUGCGAUAUCACAAAGUGGCAAUGCUCAUUGUCCUUGGACCUUGACAAAGGCAGGUAUGGCCAAAAAAAAGGCAGAAACUAUUGGAAAACUUUUUAAUUGUCCGACCGACAAUUCAAUGGCGAUGAUAAAUUGUCUCAAAACGAAAGACGCGUCGGAAAUUAUUGGCACGGAUCGAAUAUUUCAGGAAUUCGAUUAUUGUCCGAUGAUACCGUUCAGACCAGUGAUCGAACCAGAUCAUCCUAAUGCAUUUAUCACCGAGGAUCCCAUUGUCAGGACAAAAAUAGGCAAGGUCAUGGAUGUACCAUGGAUGAUAGGUGUUACUUCGGAGGAAGGAUCCCUUAGAGUACCAUCUCUCUACGCUUUAUCCAAUGGCGAAUUGAUCAAGAAAAUGAAUGAUGAUUUUCCGAACGUUGCACCGUUGACCUUGCUACACGGUGAAACCUGUCCUGAUCAUUUGCGAGAUAUAAUUAGCCAUGCAAUAAGAGAAUUUUAUUUCAAAGGAAAUCCUAUAGAUAAUUCCACUCGUUUUCAAGUAAUCGAUAUGUAUAGCGAUGCUUGGUUCAAUCACGGUACUCGUACAUCGAUUCGUGAUUAUUAUAGAACCCAAUCAUCACCGAUUUAUUAUUAUUAUUUCUCUUACAAAGGUAGCGCAUCAUUUAGCAAAAUAUUUGGCGACGAUACCAUGGAUUAUGGUGUAACGCAUGCCGAUGAUUUGCAAUAUCUAUUUCCGGUUGGCGAACAAUUAUUUCCGGACAUUCCAUUAUCAAAUGACGAUCACAAAAUGAUCGACAUUAUGACGUUACUAUGGUACAAUUUCGCUAAAUCCGGAAAUCCGACGCCAGAAAUAACGGAGAUCAUAACAGAAAAAUGGAAACCAGUGAGAAGUCAAUCGUUAGAAUAUUAUCGUAUAAACAAUUUGUUUUUAUCAAUGUCAGACGAUCUUCAUCCAGAAAGAAGAAAGUUUUGGGAUGAUUUGCCGGCAUGCAUUAAUCCGGACAAAACUAACGAGAUACGUCAUGGCGUUAAAGAGGAAUUAUAAAAUCUUUGGCAUAGCGAUCGAUCUUUAUCGCAUUAGAAAAUUAUUAUAAAAUAUAAACAUAUAUAUAUAUAUAUAUAUAUAUGUGUGUGUGUAAUUAAAACGAGACUGUACUUAACAAAUUGUUUUUUAAGUAUCGAUAAAGAAAAAUAUUUUAUAAAUAUAUAAAUGGAAAUGGAAAAUAGAAAUUUUACCAUGACUGAACGUAAAUUAUAAUAAUACAAUGAGUUUCUCUCUACGUGAACUUAAUAUUGUUUUAUUCGAGUUGAUGUAAAUGUAGAAAUGAAAAAAAGAAAAAAGUAAAAAAAAAAAAAAAAAAAAAAAAAAAAAAAAAGAAAAAAAAGAAAGAAAAAAAGAAAAAAAGAAAAAAAAAGAAAAAGGAAAAAAAAAAUUAUACAAAUACCCGUAGAAAUGAACAUGAACAAUAUACUAUAUAAAUAGAGAAAGAAAUUGUAUGAAAUAUGAAAAAAUCUCUUCACUAUACUCGUCGAAGGAUUAAUAAUUUUUUUUUUUUUUUAAUGUUACGCGACGUGUAUGCUAAAGAUCGUACGAAAAAAGAAAAAGAAAAAAAAAGAAAGAAAAAAAUAAA